AUGCAUAGUCUGCAAUUUGACGAACUGAGCAUCAGAGGCAUAUUUUCUAUCUGGAUAUUUUUCCUGCUAUGUGGAACCGGCUACGACCUAUACAAGUUGUUCCGAGCCAAGGCAGAGUCCCGGUUUUCCACCAAACCUCAAAAACCAGGCCUCCUGUCCAAGGUGCUCAUGGGCUUCUCGCUUCGCCGUGCCGCUCUCAAGCUGACCAGCGUGCCAAACUGGGGCGACUACAGCAAUGAUCUGGGCUUCGUGCACGGCAUGCGUGUCUUUUCGGCCACCUGGGUCAUUCAGGGCCACCAUUACGUCCUCAGAGAUAUCCAUCACAGCUCCGACAUGCUGUUGUUCCUGAGACGAAUCCAGAGCUUCCUCUUCAGCAUGCAAAUAAAUGCGUUCAUGGCAGUCGGGAGUUUCUUCAUUAUAACAUUGAUCCCGUCCAUGCUGGCCAUUCUGGGCGUCGUAUACCUGUUUCCCCUCCUGAUGUCCGGGCCCUAUCUCAAGGACAACAAAGUGCUCGAGACUGCACCGUGCGACGCGAACUGGUGGCGGAUCCUGACCAUGACUCAGAACCAGGUGCACAGCCAGAGGGACAUAUGCAUGCCCCACUACUGGUACGUCUCCGUGGACUUCCAGCUGGCGAUAUUCAGCUCCAUUAUUCUCAUCAUGAUCAUGCCGAGGUGGCCGAAAUUGGGUCUCGGCGUCAUGGGCGCUAUUGUCGUCGCCACUUCCAUCGCUACAGCGGCGGUGACCUACGCCCACAACUUCUUGCCGCUUCCACUGAUCCUGACGUCAAGACUCAAGGCCAUACUCGACACGAACCUGGAUGUUUACAUGAAGACCUACCCUCAAGCGCCGUCGGUCUUCACGGGCAUCAUUUUCGGCUACCUGGCCGCCCAGCCGCGGAAGCUGCCCCGCAAGGUGCAGGCGAUCUGCUGGACGCUGGCUGCCCUGUUCGCCUGCUCGGCGCUCUUCGGUGUCCACACCUGGCACAGGGGCCGGGCUCCCGAGCGGCUCGAGUCGGCCUUCUACGCGGGCUUCCACCGCCUCUCGUGGGCCGUCGGCGUCUCCUGGGUCAUGUACGCCUGCGCGACCGGUCGCGGAGGCCCCGUGAACAAGCUGCUCUCCUGGCCUCUGUUCUACCCGCUGAGUCGCCUGUCGCUCGCCGUCUACAUCGUGCACGUUCUGCUGUUCACCGCCAACGCCAUCGUGUCCAGGGAACGCAAGUCUUACAUGCCGUUUCUCUGCGUCGAGUGCCCCGUCGCGGCGCUGGACAACCUGAUGUUUGGUGGUGUGAAGGCCAAACAAGAUGGCGACAAGGACGUGGCGAAGCAGAACGAGAUCCAGGAGCUGAAAAGCGUACACGCGACGAAUGGUGUCCUUGGCCACAUCGGUAGCUCAGCUUUGAGCAACGGACACUCCAACGGACACUCCGUCGGACACUCCAACGGACACUCCAACGGAUAUGUGAAAUAUGAAGAUCCCAUAUACGACCCACCGGAAAGGGACAAUACUGUGGCCAACCGAAAAGCAGACGAGGGCAGAAGUGCCCUGGACUCGGCCCAUCAAAGAGACGCUGGCGAGAGCGAUUCGGCUGUGACAGUCAAAUUUUGA